CAGCGGAGCGGGGCCCGCCGCCCCCGCCGCCCCCCGCCGCCUCAUGGGCCGCAGCUGAUCGUCGCCCGGCUGCCGGCCGCGCCCCGGGCAGGAGCGAGGCGGGCGGAGCGACCCGGCCGGCCUCCAUCCCCCCUCCCUCCUUCCCUCCCCCGCCGGUCCCGUUCCACUCCCCCGCCUCCGCGGCCCCGGAGCCCUCGGCGGCCCCCGCCGGGGGUGACGGCGACGGCGGUCUCGGGGCUCCCUCGCCCCUGCGGGCCCGGCAGGGGGAGGAUGCCUGGGGCGGGGAUGGGUUUUCGCCCGUAGCUUCCCCGCGCCCCCCCGCCCCGCUUCCUUCCGCCCCCUCUCGCCUCCCGGGGGCGGCGCGGCCCCGUUCCCCGCGGGGGGCUGUCGCUCGGCUCCCUCCGGCCCGGCGGAGCCCAUAUGGGGGGCAAGCAGAGCACGGCGACCCGUUCGCGGGGCCCCUUCCCGGGGGUGUCGACGGAUGACAGCGCCGUGCCGCCGCCGGGAGGAGGGGGGGGGGCCCCCCCCUUCGGCCAUUACCGAGCGGGUGGCGGCGGCGGCGGCGCCAUGGGGCUGCGCAGCCGCUCCGUCAGCUCGGUGGCCGGCAUGGGCAUGGACCCGGCGGCGGCCGGCGCCGUCCCCUUCGGGCUGUACGCGGCGGCGGCGCGGGCGGCGGGGGAGGCCGAGCGGGCCCCGGGCGGCGGCGGCGGCGGUCCGGGUUCCGACUCCACGUACGCCCAUGGCAACGGUUACCAGGAGACGGGAGGCGGUCACCAUAGAGACGGGAUGCUGUACCUGGGUGCCCGGGCCUCGCUGGCCGACGCGUUGCCCCUCCACAUCGCACCGCGGUGGUUCAGCUCGCACAGCGGUUUCAAGUGCCCCAUUUGCUCCAAGUCCGUGGCUUCUGACGAGAUGGAAAUGCACUUUAUCAUGUGUCUGAGCAAACCUCGCCUCUCCUACAAUGAUGAUGUGCUGACCAAGGACGCCGGCGAGUGUGUGAUCUGCCUGGAGGAGCUGCUGCAGGGGGACACGAUAGCCAGGCUGCCCUGCCUCUGCAUCUAUCACAAAAGCUGUAUAGACUCGUGGUUUGAAGUGAACAGAUCUUGCCCGGAGCAUCCUUCUGAUUGACCUGCCGGGCCUGCUUGCUGACUUCUCUCUAAGGGCACCUUGCUAUACCUGCUGUACCUCCUCUCCCCAUCCCCCUUUUUGCCCCGCCUGGAGUUUUGGGCUGACUUUAAAUUCCUCAAGAAGACAAAAAUAAAACCCAGAAACUUGAAUCCACUUGGAACAA